ACACGUGGUGAACACGCCGGACUGACUAACUCCUAAUCUAUUAAACUUUUUUCUGUCACUUUCAGAAUUGUCCCUCCCAUUUAUUGCACAUUUCAGUCCACUCUGGGACUAUUUAUAAUGUCCCAGUGGUCCAGUCCAAGGCAUGCAACGCUAGAAUUUGUGGCAGUAAAAAGGCAUGACGUCUAUGUCGUAUGAAAAAGCAGAGGGGCAUCAAUUGUUACUUCUGGAGGCCAUAUCUCAGAAAUCAUCCAUAAGUAAAAUAGAACAGCUAAUAACAGAUGGCGCUAGUGUUAAUGAUGCCACAAAGAACGGUGUUCGUCCAUUACAUUAUGCCGUGGGCAUGAAAUUCGCUGACUGCGUACGUUUAUUAUUAUCAAAAGGAGCGGAUGUUAAUCUUGCAGACGACACCGGGUUCACCCCUUUGCUCUUAUCUGCAAGCCAUGGAUGUUUCAAAGUAAUGAAAGUGCUGAUAGAAAAUUGUGCAAUAGUAAAUUAUUGUGGUGCAGAGGGAAGAGACGUUCCGAAAAGUAUACGAGAUAUGGGGUAUCUAACGUAUGAUCCCCUAAACAUGGCUAUUGAAAAUAAUCACGAGCAGUGUGUUAAACUUUUACUCGAAAAUGGAGCACAUGCAAAUAAACACUACUACAUGGGAUACGAAAUUAAUUUGAUGCCAUUAAAUCACUUGACAUGUUUAGAGUUACUGCUAAAGCAUGGAGCAAAUUCGAACUCACUUAGUCGAUAUGGUACGACACCACUUAUGAAAGCGUGUAAAGAGAAUAUUUCAAACGCAGUAAGCCUUCUUAUAAAAUUUGGUGCGAACGUGAAUUUAGGAUCUGGUACGUCUUUCAAUACGAAAACCCCACUUAACAUUGCAGUAGAAUACAGUGAAUUUAACAUAGUAAAACAAUUACUGGAAAAUUGUGCAAAAGUGUCAAUGCAGACGGGUUGUACAUACAGCCCGCUCCAUAUCGCAGUUUUGGCGGGAAGAACAGACGUAUGUGGAUUACUAUUAGCAUAUGGUGCAAGCAUUGACGGUGUAUCAGAAGAUGGAUUUUCUCCUUUGAUGCUUGCCGUUAAAUCUCAACGGUUAUUUAAUAGAUUGGAGAUAACAAAACUAUUGCUUAAUUUUGGAGCAAAUCCAAAUUUUUAUCAGAAUAAUCUAACAUAUUCGACUGUAUCAACAUCUGUUAUUGGAGAGUAUUUUAAAAACAACCCUCAAAAUUUAGAUAAAAAUAUAUUGUGUCUGCUGCUAAGAUAUGGUGGAAAAAUUAAUAUUCGAGCUUGUUUGCCAUGUGGCAAGGAAGAUCCCUUUGGGGUACUUCCAUAUUUGACUGACUCGUGUAGUGAAGAAAUAUUACGACUUCUGACCGCCACAGCUAAGUCUAUUGACCGAGAAGGAAUCAAGAAAAGUGCUAAUCUAGUCCAAGACCAACGUGACUAUUUGAUGUCUCUUACUAAAUGUCCACAGACGUUGAUUGGCGUAGUUCGGAAUAGUAUUAUCGAAAUUUGUGGUAGAAAGUUUACAAAUAAUAAUUUUACAGAUGACUUUGAAAUACCAACUAUUCUAACGAAAUAUUUAAUACGUGUAGAUCAUGAAUGUUGAAGCUAUAUGUCUUUAAAUAUAGUUACCAAUUAAAAAGUACGAUUUUAAAUGUCAGUCACCUUUUAAACAACAUUGUUCUUUCGAAAAUGGUCGUAUCUCAGAUCUAAAUCUACUUAGUUUCUAAUGUUCGUCAUUAGUCUUAAAAGUUGUACCUACAUGUUGAUGCUAAAAAUCCCAUAAACAACGUGUCUUCAUAGAACACAAUAUAUGUUUGCAAUCAAUAUGAGAAAAUCGGAGAAUAGAAAAAAAUGACAAUGCUGUUAUGUUUCAUAUUCAGACUAGUCUUAAAAAAUAUAUAAGAGCAUUCAAAUGCAGAAAAUGGUACUAAACUGAUUUUAAGUGCUUGCUUUGGUUUAUUUCUUUUUAGCUCACCUAACCCGAAGUCCCAUCAAUUUGCGUCCGCCGUCCGGCGUCCGUCGUCUGUCGUCGUUAACUUUUACUAAAAUCUUCUCCUCUGAAACUACUGUGCCAAAUUAAACCAAACCUGGCCACAAUCAUCAUUGGGGUAUCUAGUUUAAUAAAUGUGUCCGGUGACCCGGCCAACCUACCAAGAUGGCCACCAUGGCUAAAAAUAGAACAUAGGGGUAAAAGGCACCUUUUGGCUUAUAAUUAAAAAAACAAAGCAUUUAGAGCAAAUCUGACAUGGGAUAAAAUUGCUUAUCAUAUACUGAGGCCAAAUAACAUAUGAUUUUUACUGUAUUAUAAUAGCAUUAAAAUUACGUAAAUUCCAUAUUUUUUUCGAAUUGGUGCUUUGCGGGCUGAUAUGAAAUAUUUAUCACAUACUUCGGAAGUUAUCACAUGCCUUUCCGUGAUGAAUUAGACAAC